AGAUUUCUCUGGAACAAAAACCGCGAGUCGAGGAGCCCUUCGUUAUUUAUUCGAUACACGCAUCCGCCAGUUUGCGUGUAAAGAAUCAGCGUAGGAAAGAUCGUGGGUAGGAAAGUAAAAAAAGAAGAGGCUGAGAGAAAGUAUAAAAAAGUCAUAAGGGAUAACCAAAACGUGAAAUUCAGCUGGCUGGGAUUUGUCUCGCGAAUUGCGACUGUUGAAUAGUACAUUUUUAAUUUUUUAAAUCUAAAACUGUUACUUUAGCAGUGAUCGGCAAUAUCUGUUCUGGAAAAGUUUUGCUAAUUUUUUGUUUUAAGGGUGAUCCUCGCGGAUUUUACAAAAUUUGUAUCGGGGGUUGGAAGGAAAGCCGGAAAAUUAUUGUAGAUCCGUUUACAACGGUUGGUAUAAGGGAGCGAGAGUGCUUUGAGUACCGAGGAGAGAGGGUUGUUAUCGUUGCUUUUCUGUGAAAGUCCGGGGACGGUCCAGGAGAGAAUUUGUCCCAGGGGAGAUCUCUCGUCUUUUUUGAAAAAGAAAAACGAGUCACUCAAGUACUCAACAACUUGCAAGGAUGAUCCUCGUUAGCGUCUUGGCAACAACAGCCAUAAUCAGUCUUGCAGAAUCAACGCCACUUUCCUAUCCGACGUAUCGUAGGCGGGAACUUCAAAUGGCGGAUCGUCCAGAGCUUCUGCUCCUCUUGAAUCAAAUCCCAGGAUUGGAGAUGGAGCCGUUCGACUCGAACAGUGGUCGCGAUUCGCCAUUACUGCGUCCAAAGAGAUUGGGUUCCUUAUCAAUCGUGAAUCCUCUGGAUGUGCUACGAGAGAGAUACCUCCUGGAAUUAGCUCGUAGGAAGAUGCGUCAGGAUCAAUGGCAGGUAGAUGCCAACCGACGUUUCCUACAGACCAUUGGAAAACGUUCGAGUUCAGAUCCCGAGCCGGAAGUGACCAAGGUGUCAGAAGCCAAGGGCAGAAACGAUUUCAAUCCGUACCGUGAUUAUAGGGCUGAUAAAUUUGCUCAGGACGAUGAGCAGCACGUCGAGAGGAACACCGAGAGGACACAGGAUUGGUACAACAAUGGCGACAGUCCUGUCCUCAGAGAUGGCCAGGAUGAUGAAACACGAAGGAUGGCUAACGAACUUCACCUCUUGUAACCCGUCGAAGCCUUUCAAAGGGAUGAACAGGGAACCGAGAAACAACAGCUUCGCCUCCUCAUUCACAGCCCUUAAAUGUCGACGACGUCAUCGAUGAUUUCUCAUUCAAUAUCGGUACACGUUACGCUCGGUUAAUAGGUAUUAAAUGAUUCGUGUUGUACGGUAGAUCGAGUCGUAAUGGCGGAAUACCGCGGAUCGGGUUGCUUCCCUAGCCCGUUUCGAUAAUCACUUCACUUAUUAUUAUUCUUAUUCGCUGCGUUUAUUAUAUCUCUUGCGGCUCUCACGUUCCGGCGGAUAAAACAAAGCAGUAUUAUUAAUUGUAAUUUUAACUUGAACUUUCCUUCCACCUUAUACUUCCUGGAUCUCCUUCCACCCCUAAAAAAAAAAGGAAUCAGGACUUGCACGAUUUUAAGCAACGUAAAGGAAACCAAAGUAAAAGGUUUAAGCAAUUUAUCUUACGUAAUUUUCAAAAAUUCCUAAUGGAGGUAUUCGAUUAUUUUUUUGUAUCUACUUUCCUUCCAGCUACGUGACUCCCUUGUGAAGCCUAUUAUUUUUUCUCAAUUGACUCCUAUUAACUCCACCUUUGAAUUCUUCACCAACGACUAACUGUAAUAGGUAAAAAGAAAAAGAUUUCCAGACGAAUACUAAAUUAACGAAAAGAUAAUGGUAUACAUAACAUUAGACAAGUACAUUAAACAUAGGCACGAUACUGACAUGUUCACAGACACAACAAUACAAGAAAAAUAGACGAAACACGUGAAUUAAUGCUUUAAACAAUGUACGUACAUCGAUGUUAGAUAAUAGGUGACAUAAAAGAAAAAAAAACGAAGAAAACGCCUGUAACGAAUGGACCUUAUCAUUGGGUUUCGCGUUUCAUUUACCGGUAAUGUAAUAUAUAUAUAUAUAUAUAUAUAUAUAUAUAUAUAUGUGUGUGUGUAUAUAUAUAUAUACUACAUCGACGGCUCUAAUAUCUUAAGUGUUUAUUAUCAAAUGCAAUUGUAAUGAUUUGUUUAUAAGAUAUUUUUAUAUUUAUAUACCGCUCUACUCUCUAAGUUAUUUAUUUAUUUAUUAAUCCAGAUGAUUAUUUAUUUAUUAACAGGGUUGCCUGAGACCCCGAUGCGCUGUUAUAUAUUAUUUCCAUCUUUUUUAAUUUUUUUUUUAAUGUCUCUUUCAUUAGCUCGUUGCGCCACUCUCGCAUAUGGGUCAAUUGCCACGUCGGAUAGGACUGAAUUAGUUGUAAUAAAUUUUGUUUCAAAUAAAACCACCGCUCUAUGCCGCUUUCCUUGCUCCCGUUCUAUUAUUACACAUGUUUUUAUCACAUAUCCACUUAUCCAUAUCCGUAGUACAAGAGAAUAUAUACAAUAACGAGUAAUAUUAUAACGUAAUUAUUUUUUAGCUCUCUCUCUCUCUCUUUCUUUAUCAUGUUUCAAAUACACCAUAUGUGGGGAGAUAUCAUAUUGUAAUGAGAAUAUUCGUUAUUACAAAUCAAAUGUGACAUAAAUCCAAUUGAUGUGAA